AUGACAGCGUCUCGCCGGGCUACACUGCGGAGUUCCGCGGCCAGGGAGGCUGAGCGCACCGAGGUGCCCGCUGCUCCCGCGGCUGCUGCCCUGACACCGCGUUCUUGGUUUCUAACUUGCCAGGGACUAGAGGGGAAGACGGGAGACUUCAUGGAGCGAAGGCGGCCUGUCUUCCCGAUUCAGCUCCCGGCUGUCCCAUGGCUCCAGGCCGCGAGUCCCUCCCGGCUCGGGGAGGAAGCCCGUGAGCCGGCUCAGCCGUGUCGCCUGAAGUCCCGGCUGGGGAUCACCUCGUGUCCGACCUGUGUGGCCGGCAAGGCCCGGCGAGUCCUCUCACACUUUUGCUGGGGGCCUGGGGGAUGGGGUCCCGCGCGUGCCCCAAGCCCAAGCUCGACCCGGGCUGCUCGGCGCCGGCAGGCAGGGGCCGCCGCGGAGCACCGCCGACCCAGGGCCCCAGCGGCACCCAGCGAGGGAGCAGAGGCUCAGCCGCCUCUCCGCGCCCCUGCUCCGGGGCGGCCCGGUUCGCGCGCCCUCUUGGCCUCUACCCUCCGAGGCCGUCGCCGCGGGCUGCGCGCCCUCCACUCCCGCUGGGCCCUCGCUCGCACGGCCUCCUCUCUCCCCACCUGCCCGCAGCUCCGACGGGCCAGUCG